CUCACUUUAUCUUGUUUUCUCAUGCUGUUUUUACAUGCAUUUUUUGUAUUUAUUCAUCGCGCUGUCUUUAAAUGUUUCGUUAUUAAGUUAAUGCAAUAUCAGGUUUUUCGAGCUGCAGCAGUCUGAGCUAAUGACAAACCAGACAAACUUGAAUUUGCUGAAUAAAAAAGAAAAACCCGGAACUACUUUUUCUCUUCACGUGCUACAGUGAAAUACACAGAGCUGUAAGUUGCUUUAUUCUCUCAAGGCAAACACAGGUGUUUUCACAAUGGAGAGCCAUAAAGAAGUGGUGGAGAGGCUGCGUGGUGCUUUCCGCUCCGGAGUGACUCUCCCGGCCCAUUUCCGGUUAACUCAGCUAAAGGCCAUGCUGUUGAUGCUUGAAGACAAUGAAGCACAGAUCUUAGAAGCACUACAUCAAGAUCUUGCCAAGCCGAAGUUUGAGGCAGUGCUCUCGGAGAUUGAAAUAGUUGUGAAUGACCUUUGCCUCACAAUCAGUAACUUGCACACCUGGAUGCAGCCUUCUUAUGUGGACAAAAACUUGGCAACAAAGCUAGAUGACUGUUUUGUACGCCGGGAGCCAUUUGGUGUUGUUUUGAUUAUUGGAGCGUGGAACUAUCCUCUUCAGCUUAUUUUGUUACCUCUGAUAGGUGCCAUUGCUGCAGGUAACUGUGCGGUACUGAAACCGUCCGAAAUAAGUAAAUCAACUGAAAAACUUAUUUCUGAACUCAUUCCUAAGUAUCUGUCCAAGGACUGUUAUGCUGUCGUUUGUGGAGGACCAGAGGAGACCAAGUCAUUGCUGGAGAAUAGAUUUGAUCAUAUCUUCUACACAGGCUCUCAGAAUGUGGCCCGUUGCAUACUCCAAGCAGCUGCAGUGCACCUCACUCCAGUAACUCUGGAGCUUGGUGGCAAGUGCCCAUGUUUGAUACAUGGGCGGAUAGACAUGAAAGCUGCUGCUAAAAGGCUGGUGUGGGCCAAGUUUUUCAACCUAGGGCAAAGCUGUGUGGCUCCAGACUAUGUAUUAUGCACUGCUGAGACAAGGGAAGCGUUGCUACCUUUUAUCAAAGAGGCCCUGGAGAUCUUCUAUGGAUCUGAGCCCGAAAAAAGCGAAGAUCUGGGCCGUAUUGUGACAGACAGACACUGGAACCGAUUGGUUGAGCUGCUAAAUAAGUCUAAGGGAAAGGUGGCGAUUGGAGGAGAGAGUGACAGGGAUAAGAAGUACAUUGCCCCCACUGUUGUCGUGGAUGUGCAGGAGUCUGAUGCUUUAAUGCAAGAGGAGAUUUUUGGCCCCAUCCUUCCUAUACUGACCAUAAAGUCUCUCGAAAAAGGGAUUGAUUUCAUCAAUGAAAGAGAAAAGCCGCUUGCACUUUAUGUGUUCUCUGAUGAGUCUCAGAUUGUGACCACAGUUCUGGAGAGAACCAGCAGUGGAGGCUUCUGUUCCAAUGAUGGAAUCGUUCACAUGUCCCUUCCAGGUUUACCAUUUGGAGGAGUGGGUGCCAGCGGGAUGGGCAGCUACCACGGCCGCUGGGGUUUUGAGACGUUCAGUCACAAGCGCGGCUGCAUGCUGAGGGGCUGGGGACUGGAACGCAUCAACGUGCUGCGCUAUCCCCCCUACAAAGAUAGCAAUCUUAGCUGGUUGCGCUGGGCCACCACUACCAAAAAAAAGGGAUGGACGGAGUGCACCAUUAUGUGAGGGGCCAGCCAUUUCCUAGAUUUGUCUAAUGCACCAGUAUAAAAACCAUGACAGUUACUUAGGGUCGGUACAACAUUUGGUCAAUAAUACUUAGUUUAAGAUUUCCAGUUAUACAUAGAUAUAUAAAGAUUUACUCUGUUCAUUUAUUUCAAAUUUUCACUAGAGGUCAGCAUUGAGAUAAGAUGUAGAUGUACAAGUACAAUAUGUCAUAUUUCAUUGUUAUAAUGAUGUAUAAUUUGCUGUUAAAAUAUAUUAAAAUAUAUACAUGGUAAGUCCAGAGGAACUUCCGUUCAGAAGGUCAGAAAAUGGAUCCUACAAGUUAUCUAAACUACAGUAAAUAGUGGGCUUUUGUGAUACUUGAAAGUGUUAUGUAUGGAUACUUUAUAUACACAUAAUUUGUAUGUUCUACUUAUUUUGCAAUACUGAUCAUAAGAGCUUAGUGUUAUCUGUUGGUGGACAUGUAAAGAAGCAUUGUAUUAUCUGUUGGUGGACAUGUAAAGAAGCAUUGUAUGUGUGUGCUAGAUAAACUUAACUUUGCCAAAUCUACUUUAAAAAUUGUAAACUACAAACUUGGCAUAUAACAAGACAGUCCCAAAUUAAAAAGAAUGCUUGAGCUGAAAAGAA